UUGAAAGGAAAAGUGGACAGGUGAGACUAAUCAAUUCAUGGAUAUUAAUUACAGAAAAUAAAUUUGGUACUAUAAGAAACUUUGGAGACGAAGUGCAAAAGGUAUCAAAGAGCACAAUGGAUGAUAGAGUUAGCACAUUGCCAGAUGAAAUACUUGGUCACAUUCUCUCUUUUCUGCCAACAGAGGAAGCUGUUGCCACAAGUGUUCUAUCAAAGAGAUGGAGGCCUCUCUGGCUUUCCCUCACCACUCUCAUCCUCGAACCUCCUAUCCCACGGUUUAAUCCACCGUGGGAAAGUGAGGAUGAGGAUGAGGACUAUUACCUCUUCUUGCUGUCUCUCCUCAAGGCUAAUGUGCAGCGCUCCAUUUUGAAAUGUAGAGCUCUUGUUGUUCUCAAAUUGAAUGGGAGAUCUGUGAAAAGCCAUUACAAUUUUGACUUUCCCUUGCUCAAAGCCUUGCAUUUGAAUCAAGUCACAUUUUCUGAAAAUCGGUUUCUUGUGGAGCUUCUUGGUGGUUGUCCAGUUCUUGAGGAUUUGGAAGCACAUGAUAUAUGUUUUGAGAGCAAUUCAUUUAAGUGUGAGUAUAAGAUUUUACCCAAAUUGGUCACAGCAAGUGUUUCUGGAGUGUCUAAACCUGGUAUUCCCCUAAUAACUUUAUCCAAUGCCAAGUUUCUUCGAUUAGAACAGUGUGAUAUAAGGGACAUUCCGAUUUUUUCCAAUUUAACUCAUUUGGACUUGAUCUUCCCAUUGAGAACGGUUCCCUGGUCUUUUCUAUUUGACAUGCUCAAGAAUUGCCCUAAGCUUCAAGAUCUUGUGGUUGAUAAGAUUGGACAAAGGAACAUAGUUGCUGAUGAUUUUUUUUGGUCUGGAGUUGCUGAUGAUGAUGAUGUCUUUUGUUAUCCAGAUGCUGUUGCAGACUGUCUUUGUUCACAGUUUAGGAACUGCAAUAUUACAAAUUAUAGUGGAGAGAAAAAUGAGAAACAAUUUGCUGAAUACAUUAUGCAGAAUUCAAAAUCUUUACAGGCCAUGACAAUCUGUGGUGUUGCUUGUUUGCCUCGAACGGAGAAGUAUCAUAUACUUAAUCAACUGUCCCUGUGCCCAAAGAGCUCUGCUAACUGUGUGGUUUCAUUUAAAUGACAUGUUGUAAUCGAAAAUUGUUGCUAAUUGUCUGCUUUAAUUUUUAGCAUAUGGAUUUUGUAGUUGUGCAAUUUGAAGAAUAUGAUGGAUCUUAAUGUCAGAUUUUGAAAAUUAUUUUUUCU